GAGAGAGAGAGAGACAGAGAGAGAGAGAGAGAGAGAGAGAGAGAGAGAGAAAACACCCGCGUGGAAUGAAGUGAAGGGAGAGAGAGGCACGUUCCUGUUACUGGAGGAGGGAGGAAUACUGAAUUCUGCGCGCGCUCAUCUUGGGACAGCUUGGAGCCUGGAAAGAGAGAGACAGAGAGAGAGAGAGGAAGGGAGAGAGAGGGAGAGCGUAAAAAUAACAUUGGGACACUGAGUCUGUGUGACAUUUACCGGGACGCCCAGAGACAGCACGCGCGCAUCCGGGGUAAGAGAGAGCGAGAGGGAGAGAGAGGACGAAGGAGGGGAGGGGGGCGCGCGCCUCCUUCAUUCCAAUGUCGCGCGACGAGCCUCAGAGGAAGACUCUCCGUCGCCGCUGGUUGUGGUGCGCGCGCGAGCCGCGGAGUCUCACCCCCGCCACCGCGUCGCCAUGGUGACCGCCUGCUGCUGAAGAAGGGCGCGCGCGCGCGGGCGCGAGGGGCUGAAAAAGUUCGGCCGUUGUUUGGGAAGCGCAGCGCGGGCGGAUGCUGAUCGAAGCGUCUGGAAAGUCCGGGAACUCGCGGUGUCCGAGGAGCUGCGACGACUUUCCUGAACGCGUCGGAGGAGAAAAGAGGAGCGCCGCCGGGAUUCGCUCGGCCCCUCCGGCGGAUUGCAUCACCUUUUACAUGUACAGAUAUAUAUAGGAGCGCGAGGAGGACCCAGAGACCCGGAUAAAGCGAGCCGCCCGGCUGCGUGUCAUCGAAACCGCUCACACGCGCUAUUAAAAGGAUCGCCUUGCUCGCGCAGCCGCUCGGACUAUUUAUGCCGCAGUGAGCCGGACAGAACCCCCGCCUGCCCGGAGACACACAGCCGUCCAGCCAUGGGGUUCCCGCGCAGGAUCAUGGGAUUCCUGCUGCCGCUGCUGCUGCUGCUGGGCUCCCGCUUCGCCGGCGCCAAGCACUACCUGCGCCUGCGCCCGUCGCCCAGCGACCACCUGCCUGUCCCGGACCUGAAGGAGGACCGCGACCCGGAGUACGACCCGCGCGAGCAGGACCUGAACGAGGGGACGCUGCGCAAGAAGCUGGGCAGCCACUUCGACCCCGGCUUCAUGUCCGUGAACGCGCCGUUGCAGCUCAACGUCAGCGCUCGGGCGCCCCCGUCGCCGCCCGGCGCGGCGCCCGCGGACUUCCGGAGACUGGACCUGACGGCCACGCCCUACGGCGCCCGCCUCACACUGGGCAAGAAGGCGCGCCGGAAGCUGGUGCAGUUCUUGUGGACGUACACGCACUGCCCCGUGCUGUACGGCUGGAAGGACCUGGGCGUGCGCUUCUGGCCGCGCUACAUGAAGGAGGGCACCUGCUUCAGCGAGCGCUCGUGCUCCCUGCCCGAGGGCAUGUUCUGCAAGCCAGUCAAAUCCGUCACCAAGACGUUCCUGCGCUGGUACUGCCAGGGCUUCCUGCGGCAGAAGUACUGCACCUGGAUCCCCGUGCAGUACCCCAUCAUCUCCGAGUGCAAGUGCUCCUGCUGAGCUGGGGGGCACGUGCAUGCGCGGGGAUGAGCGCGAGCGAGACUGAGGGUGUGUGCGCGUGCGUGCGUGCGCGAAAGAACGAGCGGGACGGUGCGCGCGCCUGUGUUGAGAGCGAGAGGAUUAAACGAUGCUUUGCGCGAGCGAGAGAGAGGAAUGAGAGAAUGCGUGCGCGUGGAGGUGUUGAAGAAUGAGCGCGAGAGGCAGAGUGCGUGUGCGUGCGUGAGAGAUAGUGAGAAUGAGGUCACGUGCGUUCGUGCGUCCAUCAGGAUACGGACUGAAGAGUACAACAACAAUAAUGAUGAUAAUAAAAAUAAUGAUAAUAAUAAUGAUAAUAAUAAUAAUAAUAAUGAUGAUGAUGAUGAUGAUGAUGAUAAACUGUUUCUAUUGCACUGUUUAUUUGUGGCGCCAUAUAGCGAAUCUAUUUUUUUAUAGCGUUUUGACUCAGAAUAGCACCAUAUUGUACAUAUUUAAGUAUGAAAUGAAUGCAGCUAUGAUUUCUUUGUUUGUUUAUUUGUUCUUUUUUUGAAAAGAAAUGAAACAGGACCAUGCGUCAUUUCCGCUCCGGGGAGGAGCUACUUCCUCUCCACCCCUCGCUCACUCACUGCAGUGCUGCCUAUAGGAGAUUUUAAUCUCGUCAAAUAAUAAUAAUAAAAAAUAAUAAUAACAAUAAUAGUAAUAAUAACAACAAUGAUAAUGGCAAUAUUCAUAAUGGUGACGAGACGUGGAGGAGAAGAUUCUAUAUUUUAAAGAGUGAACUCAGCUUUUGAAAAAUCAUAUAGUAUUUUAGUAAAAAGUAAAUAAAUGUGUAUGUUUUAUUUAUUGUUGUAUGUGUUGUGAGUUUAGAUAAUAAAGGGGGGUAGAAGAGAAAUUCUAGCAGAAAAUCUACUUGAAAGAAGAGAGAAAAUCCAGAAGCUUAUCAGUGUAAACUGCCAUAAUGACACAUUUUAGCAAUAAAAAUGUCUCUGCUAAACUG